CUAGGUUCGCAUUUCCUACAGACCUUUUUUUUUUCCAAGUGCUGUUUGGUUUCCAGUGUUUUUAUUAUUAUUCUUGGACAAGAAAACUACUUGUCUCACUUGCGAGUUGCUUAAAGCAUGGUUUCGAGUCUCCUUUGUCGGCGGGUUGCAGGGCUCAUAAGGACCCAAACCCCUCGUCCGCAUAUCCGCUCACUCCACACGACACCCAUAUCCCAGAACUUUUUCACCGAAUUCUACAAAUCCGUUCAACGACAAGUUAAAGAGAAUCGGGAAUUACAACAAAAUGUGCAGCAGUUGUCAGCGUCGACAAAGGAACUUGCCGAGAGCGACGCGGUACAGAGGGCAAAAGAAGCCAUGAAGACUACAUCAGAAUCAACAAGCAAAGUCAUUGAAAAAGUCGGGGACGUUGUAGAUGGGGUAUUAGAGAACCCGGUUGUGAAAAAGACUGGACAAGCCAUUGUGGGAGCGGGUGAAAAAGUCGCAGAAGUAUCCUCCAAGGUCGCUAAACCCGUUUUGGAUACCCAAGCAGCCAAAGUCGUUGGCAAGGGGUUGAAAGUUGUGCAUAAGGAUGUGAUUGGGAGUGGGGAUUCUGCGUAUUUUCAUGAGUAUGUGCCUAGAGAGGUUCGUGAACGGACGCGAGCAGAGAAUGUUGAGGGUCAAGCUGCUCCGUUGGGGAUUCCGGGUGUCCCCAACCCGCAUCGAAAAGUCGUUUCGGAUCCAGACGCAGGGAGUAAUAUAGAACUUCAUCGAACCUCCAAAUUGGCGGCAUCGUGGCGGAAAUUUAAAGAGGAUUCACCUAUUGCGCAGAAAUUGUUUGCUGUGAAGCGAGGGUUUGAUGAAUCUGAUCAUCCCGUCGUGGAACGUGUACGAGAUUUUUUCCAUGCGGCUGCUUUUGAGGAAACUGAGACGGCUCAGGUUGUUCGCGCGCUUAAGGCUGUUGAUCCUGGGUUUCGGACAGAGAGGUUUUUAAAGGAGGCUACCAUGUAUUAUAUCCCAGAGAUUGUUGAGGCGUAUUUAAAAGGGGAGGCGGCUAUUUUGCGUGAGUGGUGUAGUGAAAGGGCUUAUGCACGACUUGCGGCCGGUUUCGAAUCCCAAAAAUCCCAAGGUCUCGUAUCCGACUGCAAACUCCUGGACCUCCGACGAGUAGAUAUCCGUAAACUCACUCUCCUCGAAGACGAAGUCCCCGUCAUACUCGUCACAUUCCAAACCGAUGAAAUUCUAAUGUUUCGCAACGUCAAGGGGAAAUUGGUUGUGGGGAAUGAGAAUGCUAUUGAGAGUGCUACGUAUGUUAUGGCGUUUACAAAGGCGCAGGCUGUGGAUCCUUCUGUGGAGGUUUCGGAGCGGACUGGGGGGUGGGUUGUGAUUGAUUGGAGUCGGAGUACCGGGUGGUGAUGAGUAAGGGAACUGCAUUUAACAAAACACUUUUUACGCAUGUGACCAUGGUGUGUGUUUGGCAUGAUAUAGUUUUAAUACAAUAUAGAACUGAGAUUUUGACCAAUA